GGACUGAGCCGGAGAGACGCACAGUAAUCAUGGACCCUUUUAAGAUGCAGACCAGAAUGUCAACUAGACGUGUUUCUGUACGUUGCGUUCGGAUGGAUAAUUCUGUCCAUGAUCUAUACGCCUCUAAAGGAACAGUAGUACUGCAGAAAGAUGGCGGCAAAAAUGGUUUUGGAAACCUCCGGAACGUUAAAAUAAUUCCCAUGGAGACCUCUUCCUCCUCUGAUGACAGUUGCGACAGUUUUGGCUCUGACAAUUUUGCCAACACAACAAACAGGUUGAAAAAAGGAAUCAGUGGGGAACUGGCUAAAAUAUUUUCUGAGAAUUCAGAUACCGAAUCAUUCUGCGGGUUUCCAGAGAGUGUUGAGGAAGGCAUGAAAAUUGAAUCGGACUCUGAAGAAAGUGCAGCAGAAAAGAAAAAGCGUGGUCGUCCCAAAAGGAACUUGCCACUUCGUGUAGCUCUGAAGUUUCCCCCCAAACCAAGCGUCAAGGGAAAUCCACCAAAGAAACAAAUUAAGGACAAGAAAACUGUCAAUGCAGAAGAUUCUGACGAUGAGAAUGGCCCUAAUUUCCUGGAGAAGCGAGCCUUAAACAUUAAAGAGAACAAAGCAAUGCUUGCAAAGCUAAUGGCCGAACUGAACAACAUCCCUGGACUUUUCCCAAGCAAAAAUCAACUUUCUCCUUCUACACCAAUAGUGAAGCGUGCUUCCAGGAUUCCAAAGACUGCAACCUGCCCUAGAAGGAAUCCAGAAAGAAGCAGCCGACAUCAUACUAGGUCUCGAUCGCUAAUCGAUGGCCCUCCCACCCAAUCUUUGGAAGAUGAGGAGGAAGAUCCCUAUUAUUUAGUCCGGAAACGAAAGAUGGAUAUGGACCUUGAGGAUGAAGAAUACAUACCUAGGAGGAGGUUCUCAAGUGUGCAUACACUGCCUCAUGUCAUACGACCGGUUGAAGAGAUCACACAGGCAGAAUUGAAAGCCAUAUGUGUCAAUGUUCGGGAGAAAGUGUACAACAGGGCAACUGGAUCGACAUGUCAUCAGUGCCGUCAAAAGACAACAGACACAAAAACAAACUGCCGCAAUCCUGAGUGCAUGGGCGUUAGAGGCCAGUUCUGUGGUCCAUGCUUACGGAACCGCUAUGGGGAGGAAGUGAAGACUGCAUUACUAGAUCCAGAUUGGCAUUGCCCUCCAUGCCGAGGAAUCUGUAACUGUAGUUUCUGCAGACAGCGAAAUGGUCGAUGUGCCACUGGUGUUCUGGUUUAUUUGGCGAAGUACCAUGGUUAUGAUAAUGUUCAUGCAUACCUCAAAAGCUUGAAACGGGAUCUUGAAAUGGAAGACUGACCACUGACCGUUGGCACAAGAUUUUACCUGCAUUGUGGAUUUUAUGUAGACUUGUUUUUGGCAGUGGGUGUUUUAACGAAAUGAGACAGCUUGUCGUAAAUUUAGCUCUUGAAUAAGGGGAAUACUGCUUUGCUUGACUUAACAAAAGCCGCCUAACAACAAGGCAUAUUAUGAGAAAAAGGAAUCUACAAAUAAUUGUAUGACACAGCAAAUCUGUGUGUUGUAUGUUUUCUUAUAUUUGUUUGGACAUUUUAUAGUCCUUUAGCCACUAGCAGUGUUUUCCCUAGCAGGUAAAUGUUGGCAUAUUAUAGUGAAGGUUCCCUAUAUACAGCAUUGCUGUAGAUCUUCAGAAAUGUAUGACUUGAGUCAUGUACGGCUCUCAAAUUUUUUAAAUUACCUUUUGUAGUUACCUUUUUAAGUCCUGACCAGGCUAGUGUGCACCUUCCUAUGGAAGUAAUAUUGGCUUGGUAUGUCAACAGAAUGGCAUAUGAUGCAUGGUCAAAAAAAGGGGGUUAAUUCUACUUAUUUUGGUUCAUUUUACUGCUUCUAGUUCAAAGUGCUUUAAAAAGGCUUUUUUAAACACCAGUUGACACACUUUCUGCCACCCUCAUAUAAAAAUAAGUUUUAAACAUUUUCUAAUGUUACAAUUUACGCUCUUGUUUCCAUAUCUCUAGAUCUUGCUGAAAAAUUAGAAAUACCUAUGCCUUCUCGCUUUUGAUAUGGGCUGUAGUGAAGUGCACCUUACAUAAUUUGGCAUUGAGGAAAAAAAACCUUUUGUAUAGUUUUAUUCCUCUGCUUGUAUAGUUUUAUUCCUACUGCUAUAACUGUAAAUAUUUGCUUUUUAUGUAACUUGGCAAACCAGGGACUGGUGAACAGAGAUUAUAAUAAUUAGUGGCCUUUGAUGGUUCAAGUUGUGCACUUACGUGCAACUUACGUUUUUACGGUUUUACGUUUAAUUGUGUACCAAUGUUACAUUAGUACUAGUAAAACUAAUCUUGUUCAAUACUGCAGGGCAUACUGUUGCUAAAGUUUAAUUUCUGUACAAAAUGCCGCUUGCAUGUACAUGGUUUUAGGCAAAUUACUCUGGGGUGUUUUGCAAAUUAGAUUCGAUUCUACUUUUUUUUUAAAAAAAAAGUCAAUUGAACAAUGGAAGAAAACAAACUUUCAGUUCCCUUUAGUGUAUACUUGUUUUUUUCAUAUUAUACACACAACUUUAAUAGCUGAUCAUGUAAAGAGCUUAUUUUAAUAAAAAUUUUAUGUUCUCUAAA